AUGAAUGUCAAUUUAACUGGGGAGGCAAGUGGACUGGAAAUUGCAUUGAAAGAAGAAUGGCAGCAAGUUCCUUACGAAAAAUUACAUGCACUCAUUGAAAGCAUGCCAAAAAGAAUUGAAGCAUGA